CAUGAGUAGUAUACAUAUAAUUUUACAUCCGGAUUAUAAAAAUACACAAUGUAUUUACACUAUAUAUAAAAAUGCACAAUAUAUUUUUAUACAUAAUAUAUUUUUUAUAGAGUGUGUACAUACUGUGUACACUCACAUGUCCAAACAUAACUCUAUAUCCAAACUCCGCACGUAAUAAUUUCUCAUUAAUGUGAGCUGCAUUAAGAAUAUCCGCGACACUAAAAACAUGAUCUUUUUUUUUCUUCCUUCCAUAUCGAUGUUCUCCUUAACAGAUUAGGGGAUUCGAGCUUGACCAACAUGCCGCAAUACGAUCUCAAAAUAUUAGAAAUUAACUUUGACCUCAAAUAGAAGGGAAAUGAAACCUUACUACCAUUUCUUUGAGACACAGAUGGCACAUUCAAAGAGCACCAAGCAAGGAUCUCCCAUCCCUUUUUUGGCUAAGUAGGUCCCUGACAAACAAAAUUUCCAUAUUUUUAUUAUAACUCUUUGAGUUCUCCCAAGCCAGUUCACAUUGCCAAAGUCAAAGGUCAAACUAAAUAUUUUUCCUUCAGUUUUUUUUAACCCUGCCUUGCCUUUCUUUAUAUUCGGUAGUGUAGUUGGUAAGCUGUGGAUAGUUUACAUUUUACAAGCUUAUUUCCUUCCCCUCUUAAACGAACCAAUCACCAUCUUCUUCUCACAUAGAACCAGACCUCUUUGCACCAAAACUAGCAGAAAGCCGAUUUCUGUCCCCAUGGGCUCCUGCAUGAGCUCAGAAAAUAACAGUGAAGUUCAUGCGUCGAAGCAAGGAUCUCUAAGAAAGGUGGCUUCUACAGGGAAAAAUAGAUGGCAAGCCUCACUUUCUCCAGAGGAUCUCUCCAUCUCACUUGCGGGCUCCAACCUCUACAUCUUCACCUUUGCAGAGCUUCAAAUGGCGACAGGAGGAUUCUCCAAUAGUAAUUUUCUUGGAGAGGGUGGCUUCGGACCAGUGUACAAGGGGAUCAUUGAUGAGAGAGUGAGGCCAGGAAUGGAGUCUCAGGCUGUCGCCGUUAAGCUCCUGGAUCUUGAUGGCCUGCAGGGACACAAGGAGUGGCUGGCUGAAGUGAUAUUUUUAGGAAAGUUGAGGCAUCCACAUCUUGUGAAGUUGAUCGGUUAUUGCUAUGAGGAUCAGCAUAGGUUGCUGGUGUAUGAAUAUAUGAUAAAAGGAAGCUUGGAGAAUCACUUGUUCAAAAGAUUCUUCAUAUCCUUACCAUGGUCAACAAGACUGAAGAUUGCAGUGGGGGCUGCGAAGGGAUUGGCCUUCCUCCACGAGGCGGAGAAGCCGGUGAUAUACAGAGAUUUUAAAGCUUCUAACAUCUUGUUGGAUUCGGACUACACUGCAAAGCUUUCAGACUUCGGGCUUGCAAAGGACGGCCCUGAAGGAGAUAACAGCCAUGUCACAACAAGAGUCAUGGGAACACAGGGAUAUACAGCACCAGAGUACAUAAUGACUGGUCAUCUCACAGCAAAAAGUGAUGUAUACAGCUUUGGCGUUGUAUUGCUAGAGCUACUGACUGGAAGAAGAUCAGUGGAUAAGACAAGGCCAAGCAGAGAGCAGAACCUUGUGGAAUGGGCGCGGCCUUACCUAAAUGAUGCCAGGAAACUAUCCCGGAUAAUGGACCCUAGUCUUGAUGGCAUGUACUCCACCAAGGCUGCACAGAGGGCAGCGAUAAUGGCUUACCAGUGCUUAAGUCAGAGACCCAAGUCAAGGCCUCCAAUGUCUUCCAUUGUUGAGACGCUAGAGCCUCUCCUGGACUUCAAUGAUGAAAUGAUAGGCUCCUUUGUGUUCACGGUAGUUCCUGACAAUUGCAGAAAUGAGGAAAAAGAGAAGAAAGAUUCCAUUGAGAAUGGAAACCACUGCGAGGGAGAAAGGCGCAAGAUGUGGUCUGCUAAAUCUGCAAUCCACUCCAAUCUUUUGCUGUACAGAAACUCAUCGAGACACCACCAUAGGAAUGAGGCAAGAGCAUUGGAUCAGGACAUGCUAUGCAAAUAGAUCCUUAAAACCGUUUUAGUUUUUUUUUUUUUUUUUUUUUUUAACAUUGGUAAAAGAGAAGUGUGAAAAUGUGCAAUAUAAAUUUCCAACUAGAUUAGUCAUACAAUAAGAGCAUUUUAUUUCAUUCAAAGUGUAUGGAAGUGAUUAAAUUUCAUUUCUAGAAGUGAGUUCACGUGUAUUUUAUUGAAAUUGGAUGGAAAUGAAUUUUGAUUCUUGAAACUUACCGUUAAAAAGGUGAGAAAUGAGUUUCAAUUUUUAAGGGUUGGGAGUUGCAUUCUACUUUAUUUUUUUGCUUUUAAUACUACUACUACUAAUAAUAAUAAUAAAUUGGGCGAUUGAUUAAAAUAUUGCUUUUACUUAUAAUAAGAAUAUAGUAUUGAAAAAUUAGCAUGAAUGUGGGUAAAAAUGAAACUCACCGCAAUCAAAUAAACAUGAAUUGAAUUCAUAGGAAGUGAAUAAAUAGAUAUUGCAAUGACUCCAUCGCCACUUAUUUCUAGAACUAAUACAUAAAAAUUUACAGUGACAAACUAAUCCUAAGUCCAGCUCAAGAAAUGAGCAGUCCAUUUCAUGAUUUAAGAGUUUAACACAAAAAAGAAAUCAUCAUACAAUGUUGUAUAUACCCAUGAUGAAUACAUAAAUACCUUAUUCAGUUAUUUGAAUAUUGCUAUUAAAGCCAAAUUCAGAAAGCUAAAGAGAAGAUCACUAAGAAACACUACAUUCUGAUGGAAUUUGGGAUGUUUACUACAUUUAUCCAUAUAAGCAACAAAGACCAUACCAUUGAUGAAUCGGAGAGUAGAACCU